GGCGAAAUUGAUAUUAAGGGUCUUCUUGAUGCGCUCAAGCCUCUGCUCACCAAGGACUCAAUCGAGGGUAUUGUUGGUCUGCUCAACAAUGCCGAAUCGCUGCUCAAUAAGGAGACCACGGGCCAGCUCAAGAACCUUAUCAAGGGUGCUGGCCCUCUGCUCGACCUCUUGGGCGAAAUUGAUAUUAAGGGUCUUCUUGAUGCGCUCAAGCCUCUGCUCACCAAGGACUCAAUCGAGGGUAUUGUUGGCCUGCUCAGCAAUGCCGAAUCACUUCUCGACAAGGAGACUACAGGGCAGCUUAAGAAUCUGGUCAAGGGUGCCGGUCCGCUCCUUGACCUUCUGGGUGAAAUUGAUAUCAAGGAUCUCUUGGAUGCGCUUAAGCCUCUCCUCACCAAAGAUUCGAUUGAGGGCAUCGUUGGUCUCCUCAGUAACGCAGAGUCGCUCCUGAACAAGGAGACCACAGGCCAGCUCAAGAACCUUAUCAAGGGCGCUGGUCCUCUUCUCGAUCUCUUGGGUGAGAUUGAUAUCAAGGGUCUUUUGGAUGCCCUCAAGCCCCUUCUCACGGAAGAGUCCGUCAAAGGAAUUGUCAACCUGCUUGGCAACGCCGAGAGCCUCCUCAGCAAGGAGUUUGUCUCCGAAGUCAAGAGCCUCAUCAAGGGUGCUGCGCCUCUCCUCGAGGGUCUCGGAGACAUUGACAUCAAGAAGCUUGUCAGCCAGAUCACACCAAUUCUGGAUGAGGUUGGUGAUCUCGACCUCAAGAGCCUGUUUGAUGCCAUCGCCCCUCUCCUCACACCGGAGAGCGUGGAGGGCCUGGUCGGUCUCGUCAAGAAUGCCGAGUCACUUCUCACCAAGGACUUUGUCAACCAGACCAAGGAUCUCAUCGGCGAUGCCGGUCCCCUUCUGUCUGCCUUGGGCGAGAUUGAUCUCAAGAAGCUCAUCAAGCAGGUCAUGCCCCUUCUGGACAUGCUCAGCGAAGUCAAUCUCAAAGACCUCCUCAAGAAGGCGGAGCCUCUCCUCGACCAGGCUGGGCCUCUCCUCGAGUCGAUUGGAAAGAUUGAUCUGGUCGGUCUCGUCAAGAAGAUUGCCCCGCUCCUCGAUGCACUCGAUGACGUCGACCUCAAGGGCAUCAUCGAUGCCAUCACGCCAUACCUCACGGCCAAAUACAUCAAGGGCAUCUUUGGCCUGGUGGAGAACGCUGAAGAUCUGCUCAGCGACAAGUUUGUGAACCAGACACAGACCCUGAUCGAGGGUGCUGUGCCACUGAUUAAGACCUUGGACAAGAUUGACCUCGAGGGUCUCUUUGAUGUUGUUGAGCCCUUGCUCAAGGAGCUCGACGGCAUUGAUCUCAGCGGUCUUGUGGAUGCUGUCAAGCCCAUCUUGGCGGCCGUCAAGAAGAUUGACAUUGAGGGCAUUGUGGACGAGGUCACGCCUCUCAUCACACCUUCGAGCGUCAAGGGCAUCCUUGGUCUUUUGAACAACGCUCGCACGCUGUUGUCGGACGCAUUCGUCGAUCAGACUUCAGAGCUCAUUGGCGACGCAACACCGCUUGUGGCCACUGUAGCAGAUCUUGUGCAUGCGGUGCUGAAGGAGCUUAUGGGCUAA